GGAAGUUGCGUCAGUGGUUGGGAAAUGAGAGGGAGUUUGUGAGUGAAGCAAAGCAUUGCAAUUUAGGCUUAACGUGUAGUUUUGCUUGAAAUACAACAAAUAUCAUCCCAACGAUUAUCUGAAAUAUCGUUUGGUAGAUUGCGCACAAUUUGAAAAUAGGUUGGGGGAAAAUAUCGUUUUGUGGUGUCCCAGUUGCAUUGGUGGCAGCAAAACUAGCCAGCCCCAUUGUUGUUUAUUGUGUUGUGAGUGGUCAAGAAUGCUCGGAUGCGUUUCAAUACUUUGUUAGUUAUGAUGCUAGCUAUCUAGCAACACAUUUGGCCACUGAUUUGCAAGCUGCAUAUUUUUAAAGUGCUAUAAGUAAACAAGCAUUUCUGUAACUUCCAAGGAAGUAAAAUCAUGCCGGAGAUUAAACUCAAACACGUCGUGUCCUGUAGCAGUGAAGACAAUACCCACAAAGCAGAAAAUCUCCUAAGUUCGGACACCUACAGAAAGUGGAAGGCAGCGAGAGCAGGGGAGAAACAAACAUCCGUCAUAAUACAGUUUGAGAAGGAGGAGCAGGUGCACAGCAUAGACAUCGGAAACGAAGGAUCGGCUUUCAUUGAGGUUCUCGUGGGUCACUCCACCUCCGUCAAGGACCAAGACUAUGAGGUCCUGUUGGUCACCUCCUCCUUCAUGUCUCCCACUGAGAGUCGCAAUGGCUCCAACACUAACCGAGUGCGGCUGUUUACGCCGAACCAGCUGGUGAAGGCCACUGCACAGGAGAAGUGGGACCGUGUCAAAAUUGUUUGCAGCCAACCCUACAGCAAGACCAUUGCAUAUGGAAUCUCCUUCGUCAAGUUCCAUUCCCCCCCUGACAACAGUGACCCCCCCGCUGCCACCCCACCGAAGCUGACGAAGCUGGGUCAGUUCCGGGUGAAAGAGGAGACUCCGUCGUCGGCCCCGUCCCUGCAGCCGGGGAGCCUGUUCUUCAGCCGGGAGGGCCCCUCCAAGCCCAGCCCGGCACUCAAAGUCUCUCCUCAGAGUGAGAAGCUCAGCUAUGCUGCGGCAGCCCUCCAGACCGGAGCUGCCCCUGGCUCUGCCCACACCACCACGACCACGCCCCCUGCUCAGGCUGCGGUGAAGAGGAAGUUUGAGUUCAGUAAGGAGCGCCUGUCAGCUCCGGGUCCUCCCCCUCCUAAGAAAGCCAGUCCCAUGGGCUCCCCGGAAGCAGGCGACAGCCCCCCAAAACCCAUACCCCGGCCCCCUCCAGCAAGUACGCCCAGCCCCAGCUCAGCCAAGGCCUCGGCGCAGAAGGCCCUGGAGAGGAGGAAGGAGAGCCAGCCCAAAGCGGAGAGCAGGCCCAGGCCCGGCGCGUCGGAGCCAGUCCCCCUGAACCGCAUCCUGGAGGGGGUGGUGGUGGUCCUCAGCGGCUUCCAGAACCCCUUCCGGGGGGAGCUGCGGGACAAGGCUCUGGCCCUGGGGGCCCGGUACCGGCCCGACUGGACCCCUGACGCCACACACCUCAUCUGUGCGUUUGCCAACACGCCCAAGUACAGCCAGGUGAAGGCGGCCGGGGGCACCAUCGUGAGGAAGGAGUGGGUGAUGGACUGCCACAAGAGGAGGCAGAAGAUCUCCCACAAGCGGUACCUGAUGGACGGGGCGGAGUCCAGCUCAGAGGACAGUGAGCCAGAGGAAGAGGAGAGUGCAGAAGAACGAGGGAAAGGGAAAGGGAAGGCUCAAAAGGAGAAGCAGGCCACGCCAAAAAAAGCCCCGCCGGUGAAGAAAGAAGUGAAGGUUGAGGAGGACGAGUACGGGGGCUCCACGGACGUAGACGAAGCAGAGAAGGAUGACUCGGGGAUGGACACAGAGGACGAGCUGAAGAGGGUGGAGAGCGAGAGCCGGAGGAGGAAAGGGGCCACGGCGGGGCCCAGCGAGGACCCCUACGGCGGCUCGACGGACGAGAACACCGACGCCGAGGCAGAGGAGGACAAACCCAUCCCCCAGCUCCCAGACUUCCUGACUGGGAAACGUUUCUUCCUGUACGGCAAGUUCCCGGCAAAUGAGCGGAGACUGUUGGUGAGGUACAUCAUCGCGUUCAACGGCGCUGUGGAGGACUAUAUGAGUGAGAAGGUCCAGUUCGUCGUCACCAGCGAAGGCUGGCACGACUCGUUUGAGGACGCCCUGAUGGAGAACGGCAAUCUGAGCUUUGUGAAACCCAGCUGGAUAUUCUCCAUUAACGACCGGCAGAAGAUGUUGCCGCACCAGCCUUACACUGUGGUCCCCUGAGUGUCGUCUCCCCCCGCCCCCCACCCCACACCCCCACCUCCCCCCAGUCAUCCAGGGGGGUGGUCCAGCAACUCCACUUCAGUGGCUUUCUGGGCUUCCAAGUUCCCAGCUAGGCCACACGCAACAGAGGGACAUGGCAUUACCCAGAACGCACCAGUAACCCCCAGCCCAGCAUAUGACUGGUGACUGCUGCUUAAUGCUGUAUGACCAAUUGGCAAUAAUUUGACGCACGCAAAGACGUCUCGCUACACGGCCUCCGGCAUCCUGCCCUUCUCAUUGGCUGGAUUCUGCUGUUGCCGUGGAACCACGGGUAGAUGGGCAGAGGCUGUUCAGCGGUAACGGCUGGCGGGUUUUAAACGGAGGCAGACGCGUAACCUAUUAAAGCAUCCACCUGUUUUAAUGCGUUUCGGCUUAAUUAAAGCUCGUCUUCAGUUCUCCACUUCGCAAAGUUUAGUCUUAAGUGUGCCUGUUUUUGUGCAUCUUUGUUCAGCUGAAUUGAAAGCUAUAAGCAUUCUCUUUUCUUACAGAAUGUAAAUGAUAGGAUGGUCUUUAGUGAAAAUAAUGUAGAGUCUGGCUUCACACCAGAAAACUAUGUUUCAGGUAACUGCUGCAUUUUCAUAUCCGUUCAAAUCACAUUCAUGGAUCUUUUAUUGGCAGUUUUGACAGGGGACAGACGUCUCCACCCAAAUAUUCUGAGUAAGUGUAAAAUUGUGUGACGCAAAUAUAGAGGCAUCAGAAAAUAGAAGUAAUAAUUUGCUUUUAAAAUCAAUUAUCCGGUUAAUUAAGAGCUUGGCAGUACAUUGAGGAUCUAUAUCAGGGUUGCAGUCGGUUUAAUUCCCGUUCUGAGAAAGAAUAUGAAUGAAAUCCACAAAUCCAUAAAUUGAUAAAUGGCCUUACUGUUAUAUGAGGAUUUUUCGAUUAACGGUCUGAACUGAGCUGGCUGAGUUAACCUCCUAAGACCUGGCGUACACAUGCGUGGACUCCACAUUUUGGGCUGUACAACCAUAAUACUUAAUUCUUAAGACCGAGAGUCCACAUAUGUGGAAAUCAUUUUUCUCAAAAACUACAUCAUGUCAAAAGAUAAUGCUUAGCUUUUAUACUUAUCAGGUCCCAAUAAGCCCAAAUCGCAAAGAGAAAUUAAAAAUGCAUACCAAAAAAGAGUGCGGGUCUUAGGAGGUUAAGAUGGGACGGAUGUAAAAGAGCCAUGCCCCGCUACAUUUACAUUACAUUUUAGUCAUUUGGCAGACGCUUUUAAUCCAAAGCGACCGCUGUCAUAAGGGGGGUUUUGGAGGGGGUGAAGGAGGUGCUACCCCCCCCCCCCCCACACACACACCUGUCCAAAAUGUUGAUAUGAGAUCCAUGUCCUUGCAACACUGCCCCCGGCAAAGGUUCACCAGCCACCGAAAUGGGCAGAGCUAUCACUUGCUGUCGCUAGCCUUCCGGGUGAACCAGCCGUGGCGCUUCGCUUGGGAGAACAAAGUCUUGAUUGGUCCGCGCGGCGAUUCACGGCUGAACGGAGGCCUCGUUCUAUCACCAUCUUCACUGUUGCCAGCGUGCCCGUGACAACCGGCUUUUGUCAUUUGCCAUAAAGAGCGCAGGGAGUCCUCACCGGUAGUAAAGGUUGAGUAAUGUCGCAGUUACGGUGUAAACACGGAGCGGCUGACGUGUAUGGAACCGUUUCUGCCGUCAACGUGAUAUUUUUUUAUUAUUAUUAUUACCAGGUUUUUAUAAUAUUUCAAGGUUUUUUUUCUGGGAAAACUGAUGUACUUUAUCAAACUUCUAGAUCGGUAUAGUGUCUUGUUUUGUUCUCCUAAUUUUAUUAAUGCUUUUCACUGUUUGAAUACGAGAGAAAAUGUUAAAAGGAUGAGGGAUGAAAGGGGCUUCUAUUGUAUGGCCUUUUUUCGUGUCACUAUGAAAAAUUUUUCAUUUCUGGUCGCCUCUGCGAAUACGACUAUGGUUUGUUCUUUUUUAUCUCUGGUUUGUGUUUGUCUUUAUAUUCUUAUUUGUGUUUAAAGGAAAGAAUUUAGGAAUAAAGUUUAAAAUCAUUUUUA